CACUGCAGGGAUGAAGUACAACUACCAUGUACCAGUGUCAACGUACACACGCAGUUCACAGUACACACCAACAUACCACACGCCUACCUCUUACACCCUCUCACACUACACACCAACACACUACACACCCACAUAUACCUCUACGACAAAGUACACCCCGACACAGUACAGCACGACACAUUACAACCCAUCAAUUUACACGUCCACUUACAAGGCCGCGUCGACAUACACUCCUUCAUACAGCAAAGGGUCCCGGUACAGUUCAACACAGCGCACACAAGCACAGGAAAGUCCUGCACCUGUAAUACCUGUCGCACCUGCAAAGAGAACUGUGCAUUUCCCCAAUGACAUCAUCUUCCAAGAUAUUGUAAGGAGAGGAGAUAUGGAGCAAAUUGGUCGGUUCAUGAGAGCGAGGAAGGUUCGUGUGGAUACAAUCUUCCACUCAGGUAUGGCAGCGCUACAUGAAGCUGUGCUAACGGGGAACCUGGAGGUGGUGAAGCUGCUGGUGAAAUAUGGCGCCGAUGUUCACCAGAGAGAUGAAGAUGGCUGGACACCACUUCACAUGGCCUGCAGUGACGCCUACCCAGAUAUUGCCAGAUAUCUGCUGUCGAUGGGAGCCAGCACAGAGGCAGAGAACGAAAAUGGAGAGAAGCCUGCAGAUCUCAUCGACCCAGACUGCAAAGAGCUGGUCAAACUGUUUGAGGCAGGCUGUGUGUGA